GACUGCUAUAAUUUUUUUUUUUUUUGCGAUCGUGGACCAGAAAUCCAGCCCAAUUCAGGGAUCGAAAUGGGUCCUCACGGACGGUUCCCCCCCUCCCCGCUCUUCUCGCGAUGAACUUCCGCCGCCGCCGUGCCUGGUGAAUCAAUCCCUGUGUGCGACCCGAGGAGAAUUUCUCUCUCCCAACGUCCAGCGUGAAGUACUGGGAGAUUCAUCCGGACCUGGAUCGAUUUCUUCUCUUGUUGUAAGUUGUGGAUUCUUCGUGCUUCAUGGUGUUCUUCGGGUCCAAUCUCUCAUUGAUUCUCUCAUCCAGAAUGCAUUGUUUAACGGAGGAUUCAAGGUGCGACUGCAGUUUAUUUCCACUCUGUGUUCUUUUUCAUGCUCCACGUUAAAUCUGUCACCGAUUCGAACUGCUAAUUCAGCCUGUAUUGUGUAUUCCAUAAAAAAAAACAAAUCAGCCUGUGCCAGUGUGUGAUUUGAUUUCGAAAUUCGAAUCGGACUGAGAACUGCCCGUUUUGUAUUCGGAUUUCUCUAAGAUUUGUCGACGGGUUGGGACUGCAGUUCAGUUCCGUCACGGAAUUGGACUGCCAAUCGAUCUCGAAAGUUUUGUGGAAAACAAGCUGCUCUAGUUUGUUUCGAACCGGUUGAAGCUUGGUCCGUUUUUUUAUCGUAAAGAAGAAAAAAAAUCUUGUCCGCUUUGUAUCAGGAGUGGACCGAGAGGGGAUACUCACGCCUACAUAAAUAAACCCUAGGGAUCAGAAUUAUUCAUUGGAACUUCAAGGUCGUAAAAUUGUAUUGAAGACUGGUCUGUUUUUGUACUACAUACUUAUUUAAUGAUGGCGCCUGAACAUACACAUCAAGUAGAGGAAGACAUGAUAAGCAAGUUAACCGAUGAUGUUUUACUCUUGAUCUUGGAAAAAGUCAAUUUAUCAACAUCAGUGAAGACCAGUGUGCUAUCCAAACGCUGGAAAAAUUUCCCUUGGUUGUUGACUCAACUCAACAUAGAUAUAAAGGAUAUAAAGGAUUUUUUCCAUGGACCGCAUGCCGAAGCCACAGUUGAUCAGAUUCAUAAAGCAAUGGCAUCUCUAACUGAAGUAGUUAGGAGCAUGAUGGCCACUACCCGCAGAAAGUCUAUUAUCACAAAGCUCUGCAUUUCGCUCUUCUUAACCAACAUCUAUUCAAACGAAAUUGGUGAUAUUGUUAAUGAAGCGGUUGAGAAUGGGAUGGUAAAAGAUAUAGAGCUCAUAAGUGGAGUUGAGAGGUUUCCUUUUGAUGUUCCUGAUGAUGAAAUGGUAAAACAUGCAGAUGGUAUUAAUAGUUUCUUUGGUAACUAUCCGAAAAUAUCCUGUUGCCUCCGAAGCCUCAUCCUUUACAAUGCAACUUUUUGCAAAUCAGAUUUGCAUAAUCUCCUUGCAAAUACAUGCAUGGAGCUGCAAUAUCUUUAUCUCUACCAAUGUGAUACUGGGAUUAUUAACCCAGUGUUCAAGAUAGAUGCUCCAAACUCAAAACUUAAAGUUCUAGAAUUCGCUUAUUGUUCUUGGAUAAAAGUUGAGGUAGGUUGCCUACCAAAACUAGAGCAACUCAUACUGGGCCAUUGGUCAUCGCCAUAUCUGCCCUUGACUCUGGAAUGUGUCCCAUGCCUCAAGGAAGUAGAUAUCUAUUCUAGUACUGUGUUUUACCAGAAACAACCAUUCAAGUUAAGUGAGCUUCUAGGUGGUUCAACAUGCAUAACUACCCUAACAUUGGAUUUCCUUGGACAAAAGAUUUGGUUAAAACCGGAAAAAUAUCAACUUCGCUCGGCAUUUAGCAAUUUAAGGGAAUUAUUGAUCCAUGGUAUCUUUGUUGGAUUUGGCAUAUUGUGGACAACAGCCCUUCUUGAAGCUGCGCCAUCCCUUGAGACUCUUGACAUUGAGGUGUAUGACCAUCUAUGCGGUGACGCUGAUGAGGAGAAACGGACAUUCGGAGAAAGAACUAAUGCAUCAUGGGAUGUGUCUGAGUUUGCUGAGUCUUCCAAGUCUUGGCCUCUCAAAGAGCUCAAACUAUGUGGUUUCAAUGCAACAGAAGAACAGAUAGUAUUUAUUGGAGCAGUGAUGGAGCGAGCUUCAAACCUGCGGGCUGUUGUUCUGAAAGAGCAGUACUGCAAGGACUGUAGUGCAAUCAGCACCCCACUUGAUCCUAGCAAAUGCAGGUUCCCGAGCAACGAGGAUGAACAGGAGAUGGUUCUGAAUAAUCUCAGAAACCGGUUCUCCUUCGGCGCCGAAAUAAUCUUCAGCCGCCAUAAAUUUUCCUGUAACUAAGUGCCUCAGAUUGUUUGGGAAAAAGGAGAAAUUUGUUGGAAGGUGUGGCUUUACUUUCCUAGCACCUAGGUUGGACGAUUAUGUUCUCGCUUUUUCCCUCUACUAGUUGAAUGCCCGUGCGUUGCUACGGGAGUCGAUACCAACAGUCUGAGCUAAAAAUUCAAUUAUAAAAAGAUGCAAAUCUGUCAACAAAUA